AUGGAUUACUCCUCGAUACCUAACGAUCCAGAUCAUCCUGCAGGCCCGUCGCCAUGGGGUUCGACCUCUCCGCGAACGGCCCGGCCGUUCUCCGCGAGCAGUGAUGUCCCUCCGGCGUUCCCCUCGCAGCACCAGUCGCCCUAUGCCGCAGAUCGACCAGGGCAUGAAGGCUCACACAACCGCAAUGGCGAGGGAGAUGAUAGCAUCCAAUCUCCGGGCCAGUCGGAUUGGGCUGAGGAUUCCCAUCACAGAGGCUCUCCGGAAGCACCGUCAGCGUACCGUCAAGGGAACCAGCAGCAGCAGCAGCAGCAGCAACAGGAGCAUGGUCAACAACCACGAUCGCAGCCCCCCUCGAGAUAUCAGACCGGAGCUCGACAACAGGCUAGACCAAGCGCUCCUAAAUAUAAACUACAAGCAAAAGUGACUGCGCUAGAAAGAACCGGGAAGAAGGACCCUGUUAUUCGGUUCGAUAUUCAUACCAAUAUUCCAAAGUUCAGAACUACACAAUUCCGAGAUGUCCGGAGAACUCAUUCCGAAUUUGCUAAACUGGCGGAUCACCUAAUAUCGUCCAACCCGGAGGCAUUGGUACCAGCCGUUCCACCUCCGCUUACGCCUGCGGGUGCUGGGACCGAGGAGGAUGAGGUACGGGUGAAAGGAUCGAUGCAACGAUGGCUUAACUAUGUGUGCAGCAAUGAUGUCUUAAUGGUCGAUGAUGAAAUGAUUUUGUUCGUCGAAAGCGAUUCGGGUUAUAGCCCCGUUGUCAGGAUGAAGCAGCCCGCCACGGGGGUUCGAAGAAAGGUUUUGAAGCAAUUUGCCCCUCCUCCAGAUGAUACCCCAGAACUACAUGAUGCGCGACCGGUUGUGAAACACUUUUACCUUGCAACUAUGGAGGCCGGUCAGAAAGUGGAUCGAGUAGUUAAGGCCAGACGAGCACUUGCUCUUGCGGAGUCUGAUCUCGGGGUUAAGCUUGGGCAAAUGCAUGUACAAGAAACCCACGCUGGUCUCGCCAAUGCCUAUAAGAAGCUCGGCAAGAUUAUCCAAACUACCGGAGACUAUCACGCUGCUCAGGGAACUGGUGAAGCAACCACUCUCGGCGACCCUUUAAACUACCAUUCCUCGGAUGCCUUCAUUGUGAAGGAAACCCUAACCAACCGACACAUCUUGCUUCGCGAGUUGAUUCAGGCACAGCAGGCGGCAAGUAGCAAGCGGGCUGCGGCAGAUCGCCUGAAGGCUAGCACCUCUGUCCGUCCGGAUAAAGUUGAUGAAGCCAUAAGCGCGCUUGAUGAAGCCCGGGGCCACGAAGACUACCUGCUAAAGAAAACUCAGCGAGUCACCAAUAACCUCCUCCAGGAGAAACGCCGCUGGUUUAACCGAACUGCAAACGACCUGCUAUUCAGCAUUCGUGAAUUUACUCUACGGGAAAUUGAGGCCGAACGUAGAACUCUCAGCACCCUCGAGAGUGUUCGUGCAGAUAUCCGCUCUAUUGAUGCUUCCGGUGGACUGAGUCGUCUUGGUAGAGAGUCACAUCCUGCUGCUCGACGAGCUAGCUUGGCCUCUAGCCAAGGGCCCAAGGGCGACGCAUGGAGUGGUGUUGCUCGUCGGGGGGACAGCUUAAGCAGGAGUAUCAGCGGGAGCUUCGUGUCACCAGUGCCAGAAGGCGAUGAAGAUGUGAACGGGGGAAUGCCCGGAACAGGCAGAACCAGGUCUCGCAGCGGAACAGGGCUUGUGGAAGAGGACGAUGAUAGAGUCGAUGCUAAGAAUGCUGCAAGUCGCCUCGCCGCCAGCACGUUUUAG